UUACUUUUAAUAGGGGUGCAAGUUGAAUGGCAGCCUCAGACUCGGCCUUGUUGUCAAAAUUGUUUUACUAUGGCCGAGAGAAGCUGUAUAACACGAUACAGAACACGAUAGUGGAAGUUAAAGAGAAAUAUGGCAGUGACCCUGUUCUGUCAUUCUUUGAUGGCGUUUCUCUCCUCAUGCAAGAUCACAUUCCUGAAGCAAUGCGAGAGCUUUCAUCGAUAGGUGAUCACAGGGACCUGGUCAUUGCUGCUUCCUUCGCACUAAUCAUGGCCCACAGAAAAGCUAGAAUCAUUGAUAAAGAAGCAGUGUCUGAGCUAGAAACCCGGAUAAAACAUGAACGGUCCACUGCCGGGGAGAAGAAUCUAUAUUUUGCUGGGUUGUUUCUUGUACUGUGUGGCCGUCCUGAUAAAGGCAGAGAUUACUUCAACAGACUGCUCAAAAUAACGAACGGGAAAAAUUUGGACGGCAUUGCCAUGCUUGGUUGGUGUGAACUUCUCAUGAAGAAAACUGGAUACCAAAGCAAAGCUCUUAAAUAUUUAAAGAAUGCACGGAGCUUCCAGGUGGAUCAAAAGAUAUCAACACCCUUGUUGGUCUGGCUAAAUGUCAUGCAGCUCUCAAAAGAUGGGACGAUGCACUGGACAGUGUGAAUCAAGCGGUUGUUCAGCAUCCGAAGAACCUACCGUGCUUAUUGGAAAAGAUGAACGUAUUGCUGGCUAUUCAGGAUUGGGAACAGGCUUAUGAGACGAGCAAUAGAAUUCUUAAGGCUGAUCCUAACUGUAUCCAAGCGAAAGCAGUGACUGUACUGUAUAUGUUGUGUCUUGAGGGAAAGUACUCCGAGGUUGCUCAAAAACUUGGAGAGUUAGUUACCACAAUGGAUAGGUUUGAGCCGGCAGCUCAUCAACUUUACCAUCUCUACAGUGCUGCUUUUUCUCGUCUCUGUGGAAGGCACAACAUGGUGCUACAACAGACGAUAACUCUGCUAGAACGAGCCAUGUCUAUCAGUCAUGACAACAGUCUUUACCACACUGAGAUGGGAAAUCAACUCAUGAUGCAGGGCAAAGUUGGUGAGGCCAAAAAGUGCUUCAAAAGAGCGUCUACAAUCGACGAAAGUUCAAUGUUGGCUUGUUUAGGUGGUACAAGGUGUCUCCUGGCAGCUGGCUCGAUUGAGGACGCUGCCUCUCAGCUGGACUUCCUUCACGAGAUAUCAGCUACCACCUCCCGGCCCGCUGAGCUUAUGCUGCUGAGAGCUCAGGUGUCUGCUAAGCAAGGCGUUGGAGAGGCGGAAGUCUUAAAGCAUCUCAACGAUGCCAUUGAGAUCAGAUCUUCUGAGUUGGAGAAUGAGGUGCCAGGAUGCGAGUAUUUUAUUAAAAUGGACCCUGACUUUCUUCUUCAGAUUGUCGAGCUCUACUUGACUUAUGCUCCCUCAGAGCCACAAGGAGCCGGCCAAGUUCCAUCAGCAGCUUUGGGAGUUUGUUCCAAUAUUCUCUCCCCUGUCAUUGCUGGGGCGCCUGGUAUGCUCAGUGCAGUUUUCCUCCUCGCUAAAGUCAAAUAUCUCUCUGGUCAGAAAGACGGAGCUAAAGCGUUGUGUCAGGAAUGCCUGAACCGCGACGUUUCGUACGGAGAAGCCCACCUCUUAAUGGCACGGAUAUCACUAAUAGAGGGCAACCACAGGCAAGCUGUUCAAUCCCUCGAGAUAGGCCUAAGUUACAACUUCGAGCUGAUGGAGUCACCUGUGUACCACUAUGUUCAGGCGUGUGUACAGAAGGAACGUGGAGAUGAUGAGACUUGUCUGAAGACUCUGAAACAGGCCCUGAAACUGUUCACCAAAGAUAAGGGCAGCAGCACUGACAAGAUUGCUGUGUACUUGGAACUGAUCGAGGUGAACAAGAAACUUGGGUUCAAUCACGAAGCUGCAAAGAUAAUGCAGGACGCUAUUAACGAGUUCCAGAAUACUCCUAACGAGAUCAGGAUAGCGAUAGCAAACGCGGAUUUGUCUGUAGCUAGAGGAGAUUAUGAGUCGGCGUUAGUGACCCUGAAGAAGAUAGAACCUGACAAGCCGCACUACAAUCAAGCCAGGAAGAAACUUGCUAACAUCUACUUCAAACACCGCAAAGACAAGAAGAUGUACAUCAGCUGUUUUCAGGAUCUGGUCGACCAAAAUCCUUCCCCUGAAAACAUCAUCUUGCUAGGUGACGCUUACAUGCAGAUCAUUCAGCCCGACAAAGCUAUCAGUGUGUACGAGUCUGCUCUUAAGAAAAAUCCUCGAGAUGCGAAGUUAGCUAGUAAAAUAGGCAAGGCAUUCGUCAAGACACACAACUACAACAAGGCUAUUAAUUAUUAUGAGACAGCUCUAAAACAGACACCCACUUUCUCGGAACUAAGGUAUGAUCUAGCUGAUUUGCUCAUAAAACUCAAGUCUUUUGAGAAAGCUGAAAGAAUUCUGAAAACAGCUCUUGAAGGUCUCGCUGCCAGAUCUGAUCUCCCGAGUUUGAUAGAGGAGUCCAAAUACUGUGAGUUAUUAGGAUCACUCGCCCAGAAGAGAGGUCAGCUUGCUGAUGCACUGGACUUUCUCAAGAGGGCCGGCGAAGGAAUGGACAAAGUCGUCAAGCGUGCAUCCGUUGAGAACUCUGACAAAAUUGAUGAAUUUAAGAAACACUUUGCUCGGCUAAGUAUGAACAUAGCGGAACAUUACUGUGAUGCCAGAGAUUUCACCAAAGCCAUGGAGUGUUACAGAGAUGCCUUAGCGCAGGACCCUGACAACGUAUCCGCAUCACUGGCCCUAGCAAACCUUCACAUCUCCACUGGUGAAUUGGAGGAGUGUCAGAACAUAUGCUCCUUGCUCCUUCAGAAGAACCCUCAGGACGAACAGGCUAUUGUAGUGCUCGCCAACGUGCUUUUCCAGCGAAGCCAACACACAGAAGCUAUCCACCAUUUCCAGCAGCUACUGAAGAAGAGACCAGACAACUUCACUGCACUGUCCACUCUUAUCGACCUGCUCAGAAGAGCUGGGAAGGCCGAGGAAAGCACCAGAUUCUUGGACAUGGCUGAACGGUCCUCUGCUAAAAUACCUCUGUCUCCAGGUUUUAACUACUGUAAAGGACUGCACGCCUGGUAUGGUGGCAACUCUCACACCGCACUUAAGCACUUUAAUCUGGCCCGCAAGGACUCGACCUGGGGCGAAAAGGCAGUGCUGGCCAUGAUCUGGAUCUGUUUGAACCCCGACAACGACACGCUCGGGGGAGAGGUAUUUGCUAACUCAGAACCUGAACGUUUGGUGGCGGAGCGCAAAGAGAAUGAUAUGUUGUCAGUUAAAGCAGCUGAGAAGUUACUCCACGAUCUGAGGCCCACCAACGCUCAGAGCGCGAUGAAAGUUCGCAUACUGGAGAAUUACUGUCUGAUAGCCACGCAGAGCAAGCAAAACGUGGAGCGCGCCCUGGAUAGUUUUAUGGAAGUGGUAGCCACACAGAGUGAUCACGUGCCCGCCCUGCUCGGGUCUGCCAUCGCUUUCAUGAUCCUCAAACAAGUUCCCAGGGCCCGGAAUCAACUGAAACGUAUAGCGAAAAUGCAGUGGAAUCCGAUCGAUGCGGAGGAGUUUGAAAAAGCGUGGCUACUCCUGGCUGACAUCUAUAUUAUAAACAGUAAAUACGAUAUGGCGCAGGAUCUCCUGAAGAAGUGUAUUCAACAUAAUCAGGCGUGUUUCAAAGCGUGGGAAUAUCACGGUUACGUGAACGAGAAAGAGGCGAGCUACAAGGAUGCUGCUAUUAACUACGAGAGGGCGUGGCAGUUCAGCAACUUCACCAACCCUACCAUUGGUUUCAAACUUGGAUUCAACUAUCUUAAAGCUAAACGAUUCGUUGAUGCUAUCGAUGUUUGCCACAAGGUGCUGAAUCAUCACCCAAAUUACCCAAAGAUCAGAAAAGAAAUCCUUGAAAAAGCCAGAGCGAACAUCAGAGUAUGAGAUAUGUGCAGAUUCUUCAGAAAAUACCUUCCUCAGUAUCAAAUUGUCUGUUAACCGAACAGUGCCGCUCUCUUACCAGAUCAGAAAUAUUUAACUUACUUUAGAUUAUUAUUUCUUUCUUGACAUAGUUUGAUAGUGCUGGCAUUAUCAAUCCAUUUAAUUUGGAACGGGUUCAGACUUCAGAAAUCAUAAUUCAUUGUGUGGAAAUAUCAGUGAUUGGUGUCAAUAAUUUGUAUAGUGUAUAUAUAUAUUAUUAUAUAUGUAAAAAGCAGUGAAUAUCCAGAUUGUUAAUAAACAGUUAUUUAUUAUAAAUUUUUAAGAUGGUGCCUGAUAUGCAACAGCCAUUGGUUAUGUUUCUAGAAUGUAGAAGCGUCAAUGGUUUUACUUUUACUGUAAAUGUAUUGGUACCCGAAGCAAGAAAAAUCUGAACGUUUAUUAAGUUGUAUUUUUGCUAUUUGUGUUGUUUGGUUUUAUAUCUCUCAUAUGAGUGUUUUAAUCAUCCCAUGUAAAAUUACGAUGUGCUUAUCUCUAACUUUUUAAAAGCUUU